GUUCGUUCGUUUGCUAAGUUAUUCUCCAAAAAGCCGAGAUUCUAGUUGGUCUCUGGGCUGGAUACUGGAAACUGCGAGGAAAGGACGUGAUCAUGGCUGCGUACGACCCGAAAGCCGCUCAAGAUGACCUGCGAGACCAUUUCGAUGGGUACGCGUCGAACGUGCGACGCUCAUUUAUCCGAUUUGAAGAGCAAUACGCUCGCCCGGUCGUGGAGGCAUGCAUAUCGUCAUCUAGAGAACGUCCUGCAAUGUCGGCUUUGGGUGAUGUCCAGACGUUUGUCGCGAUAUUCGUGCUACUGAGCGUUCUGCCCGUCGUGACGUUCAUGCAAGUCGUUCAUUCCAUCAUGAUCUGUUCUUUCUUUGAUGACCUGCUCCGGGACACGUAUAGCGGCUUCUCUCUUUUCACCAUCGCGUCUGCUGCGUUCCUCGCCUUCGUCGUCCAAUUCUCGCAUCGCAUCGCGCGCCCGUCUGACGUUGCAAUAGCCUCCAUCCUCUUAGCUACCCUGACAAUCCUAUUCUUCACCGCCCUCUUCCUCGCCUCCGCCGUGAUCGUGAUGUAUCUCACCGUGCGCCUUGCGAUAUUGGUUCGCUCGGACGGUGUCCGUCCAGGGUUCGUCGCCUGGCGCCAUGAAGCGCAGAAGGGAUUAUUGGGCCGAGCCUCGGAUAAUGUAGAGGGCGGGAAUGGCGGGAAGACGAGAGAGGAGGACGAAGGGUCGGAGAGCUCGGGGGUUAUCGUGCCAAAGCAGGAUGAGUUAGGGCAGGGGAUUGUCGCGGGCGAGAAGGAGGUUGUGGAGGCUGGGCCCAGUGCAUACUCCUUCGUACCCGCGAUCUGUGGCUCGGCAUAAAAUCAUGGCUUUCGUGUCGCUUUAUGAGCCGC